AGGGAAGUGCUUGUAGAUAAUUUGUUUGCCGCCGCUGUGGCCGCGUCCUGCUCCUCUCAGCAGUGGGAAAAAGAGCCGGGGAGGCGGGCAGGGGGCCGGGUUGGCAGCAGCAGGAGGCGGCAAAAACCCACGCUCGUCUGGAGAGCAGGUCCACUUUAGAAAAAAGAAAAAAACUGGCGUGGAGAGAGCUCUGUCUUGGGCUGAUAACGCGUUACAGCACACCUUCUCACUGAAGAGGAAUUGCAUGUUUCAAAUAUACCGCAGAUUUGCCUUUUUAUUGAGUUCUGUGCACAAUGGAGGAAAAAAAAAACGUAUGUUAAACAAGAGGAAAAAUAUCUACGCUUUUGUUUAAAUAGCCCGUGAGACCGUUUUAAAGGCAAUAUAGGGAUGUCUAGGCUUUUCUCAUGCGGAUCAGAAUUUGUAAGUAGUGAGAAAAAGCAGCUCUCAUUCUUAUUUUUCUAAAGUUAACUUACAUCUCCCAGAAUUUCUUAGAAAAAAUAAUGAGUUCUAUCAAAUUCUCAUAUUCGGGGACUCUCAGAGGUUCUAUAUGACCUUAAAGAAGUUACACAGUUCCAACUUAAAUGUCUCACUUUAAAUUAUUUUACAACUUAACAAAACAUCAUAAACAAACCAGCAAACAAAAAAACCCCUCCUGAGUGGAUAUUAGUGCGCCACUAAUGGAGUGAAGCAUGAACAAGCAGGUGUGGUCUUUUAAUACCAGGCUUAAGUGUGAAACCAGUCUGAGAUUAAAUUGCGGCCGGAAAUUAAAGGGAAAUUCCUUAAAGUCUGCAGGGAGACUGCAGUGACAGCAGUAUCAGCCCCAUGGGAGCCUACAGAUGGUAAAUCGGCCUGUCACAAUAGGCACAAUCAAUGAUUACAUGCAUGAACGUAACGGACAAAAACAAGUGCAUCCUCAGAAAGCAGAUCCUUUAGGUCCUAAAGCCCGCGGGGUUAUGAUCUGGAAACGGUGAUGUGGAAGUCUGUGGGGGAGGGUGGGCUCGAACUUUUGUCAAAUUUUGGAGUUGAUGAUGAUGAUGAUGAUGAUGAUGAUGAUGAUGAUGAUGAUGAUGAUGAUGAUGAUGAUGAUGAUGAUGAUGAUGAUGGUAUAACUGAGGUGCCUGUCACCUGUGCUCAGUGUGCAUGAGCAGGACUGUGACCAGCAGCCAAAUACUGAGUAAAAUCGCAGUAACACCUUGCAGCUGGAAUAAUUUGCUAAUUACAGAUUGAUGAGCAACACAACAAGCUUUUCUGAUAAUCAAUUAAUAACCUCUCUAACGUUUUACACUCCAAAUGCCAGACGUCGCAUUUAUUCCCAUCAAAUGCGAGGAUUUGCUGUUUUUAUUUUACUUUUUAGGUUUGUGACAAAGCUAGCAACGUGACAACUUCACUGUUGAUCUAUUUGACUAUUUUCUGUUAUUUAAUAAAAAUUUGCAAAUUGAUCCUUAAAGAAAACACCUGUGCAGCCCCUAAUCCUAUAAUACAAUUUAUUGGCAAUGCAUUAAAUUCAUCUCUGUUGAGUGAGUGUAGUUCUGUUAGAUUACUCCAUUUUGCAGUUCCGAUGCAGCAGCUGUGCAGGAUGUAAAUCUCUGACCUCUGUAUAACACCUUAUGAUAUUGGCUGGUAGAGUUAAUGCUUGUUUGUUUUUUUUAAUUGUCACACAGUAUUAAUGUUUGAUUUAAUAUAGUGACAAAUAUGCUGUCAGCACAGUGGUCAAGUUCUUAGCGCUGUCACCUCAUAGCUAGAAGGUCCUGAUUCAAAUCAGGGCCUGGGAUCUUUCUGUGUGGAGUUUGUAUGUUCUCCUUGUUCCUGCAUGGGUUCUCUCCGAAUUCUCUGGCUUCCUCCCACAGUCCAAAGACAUGUUGGGGUUAAGUGGAGAUUCUAAAUUCAGUCUAAGUGGGCUUUGCUCACUGCAAGUCCAAUAUUUCUACUGAUCAGGAUUAUAAACUGCAUCUUCAGUGAGGACCACUGACAGGACCAUGUAACGGUCCCAAAAUAUCAUGAUCUGGCCACAAGUUACUAUCCUGAUAAUAUCAAUAUCACCUUAUAUUACAGCAGUAUGUAGUUCAGAAGAUUUGAGAUUUUGAAAUGAGAGAUUGGAAGUGUCUCCAUCAUUUCAGGUGCAGUUUCAGACUACGGAAGGAAAUUCUAGUUAGGUUUCAUGAAGCUAUUCUUGAUGAAGAUCUGCUCUAGCUUUCCUGUGUUUCCCAGCUCCUGUCUUUCCCCGUGCUCCUGUGCAGGCCUAAUAAUGGCAAUAUUAGUGAUGCCCAGGUAGCGACAUGUUUAGCACUGUUAAGGUAAUGGCAGUGACCUCUGAGGGCAGGACCUGGCUGUGUGUGAUGCAUUCAGGGGAGAUUCGGUGCCACGAAGAGCUCGAGGACUCCCUGCAGCUCAGAAACACAGAGUGACUGCUCUCCUCUCUCAUGCCUGUUCAGGAGUAAUGGGGAAACAAUGGGAUCACCGCCUGAGGGUUGGCCUGUGUUUGUAGCCUGUGUUUUUGUCUUGCACCAAGUGUUUACAUAAAACACAUCAGCCCCUCUGAGAACGAGGUCAGCUCACCCCUCUAAUCGCCUCUGCAGGCAGAGACACAGUGUCCCCCAGAACAGCAUGUCACCCAGAGUGACCCUCUGGCCACACAGAGGAAGCGGCUGUCAGCCAUACUUAGCCAAGAAGUAGUGUCCUGCCAAUGAUUUCCCACUAAAGUUUCAACCUGGAUAGAGCAGAGUGUUCAGACUGACAGUCAGCUGGAGAAGACUCACAUCAGGUUCCGAUGUAGCUGCACCUUCACCUGGUGAAGAUGAUGAUUAACUUGUAGUAUACUAGUAACUGGCUUGUAUAAGCUGUUCACAUGACUUCACAUCUUUACCAUAAAAGGGCAUUUACUAAGGAUACAGAGCUAUAAUAGUGUGGUAACAAUAAAGUGAGACUAAACCCAGAAACCCUAAAUGCAGCUCAACAUAGCUGCAGUUGUUUGCUGCAUAACUAGUUCCACACGUGAAUUAAAGGGUCACUACUUCAUCCAUAUGGUAUUUAGCACUGUAGAUAGUUUUAUCUUCAACUGGUAAGAUUGUCAAAGCUCCAUUGCUGAGAUUGUUGCCCCUAUAUCCAGAGAGAGUCCACUCCAUUUCAUCUCUACUCAGUGGAAAACUGCAUUUAACAGACUGAGCAGCCACGUCUGUUUUCAUGUUGCAAUAACGCCAGAUAAGAACACAUGUAUAGUUCUCACUGGGAUUUAUGAUGGUAGUGGUAAAAUUCUUGGUGGUAGUGAUUUUAUCAUCAAAAAUAACAAAUAAAAAACAGAAUAAUGUAGAGUAGAAUGUAACUAAGUACUGUAACUCAAAUACUGUACUUAAGGGCAGUUUUAAAGUUUUUGUAUUGAUUUGAGUACCUAGAUUUCAUGCUGCUUUUUGGUUUAAUAUUAUACCUAUAUUAAGUACUGAUUACUUUUCAGAUAAAGAUUUUUCCUAGAAGGCUUAUUAUCAGUUUGCAAAACAUGAUGCAUUGCUAUAAAUUAUACUACACAACACUAUAUAAAAUAGUAAAGCAUAUUUGUCUCAUGGCACUGGAGGUUAGAGAUGGGUACGUCUUGGACAAGUCACCAAUCCUUCUCAAAUGCAGACAAAAACCCAUGCACACUAACAACUUUAGAAGAACUAGAACCCAUGCAGGCCCAGGAAGAGCAUGCAAACUCUACACAGAAGGGCGCCAGCCAGCUAGUAGGUUUGAAAUCAGAACAUUCUUGCUGUGAGAAAACUCUGGUAACCAUUGCACCAUCAUUCUGGGGCAGUUUUCUACUUGGUGGAUACCUUUUCUUUUAACAGUUUAUGUUUGCGGAUGAAACUUAAUAAUUUUCCUUAAGUAGUAUUUUGAAUGCAAGAUAUUCACUUGGGAUGGAGCAUCUUCACUCUGUUGUAUUGGAGAGUCCCUGUAGUCCUCUAUAGGACAAAGCUGGCAUGGCUAAUGUCUGAUACAUGGAAAUGUUGUGAACACUUCUUCCACCACUGUCUGACUUCAGCAGCCACCAUCUGAUUGCGUCAAGCUGAACACUGGCUCGGAUGUUAUAUUUGCUGACAGAGUAUUCGUCGAUACUGGUCAGUCACAAAUGCCCCUACAGGUCCAAUCACAACGUCUUCUACUCUCCUCCACAGCCGUUGACUUCUCGGGACAGACUGGUGGACCUCCCAAUCCUAUUGUCCUCAAGGAUCAUAGAAAACCUGAUCCUAAAAUUUUAGAAAGGUCAGCGGUGUUGACCUUUGGGUGACCUGUGUCAACACCAAAGUCUCUGCUCUGUGGCAAGGUCAGGCCUUUUCAGUGUCCUUAUGGGUGAAGAUGGAGCAAAAGUCCUCUUCUUUUUCACAGCUGAUUGACUGUAAAAGACCCUCAUUUCCAAAAGAGCUUUCAUUUAAUUUUGACGUGGCACAGCCGGCACAUGAUGUGUCCCCAUGAGGAGGGAACUCAGACACCCUAAAGUCAAGUUGUCUGAAUUACUUUGCAUUUAGCUUUCCCAGUGACUUUUCAGAGGUUAUCCAGGCUGGAAGCUAUUUUUUGCCUGGUGUGUAGAUGUUGUAAUAAGAAAAUUAUCAAAUGAGGUGUAAUGCAAUUAGAUAUUUAAAGGUACAGUACACAAAAACAUCAAAAGUAAGUUAUCCCAAUUAGAAGAGAGAUGUAAUUAUGUCUUAAAAAAGACAAAUAAUUUUCAAGUAAAAAAUGUCCAGCUUGGGGUAUGAAGUAACCUCACUGACCCAGAACUUUGGAACUAAAGUGAUGACGGGGCCCAGCUUUCGUUACGCUGCUCUGAAAAAUUAGAAUAAUGGACUAUGAAAGAAGGAGAGAUCCAAAGAAAAGAACAGGGGGGAGAAAGAAAGUCUUUGGGAAAAGCGGAAUUAGAUAGGAAGAGAGAGAGAAAUAAAGGCAGGGGAAGAGUGAAAUGGACACAAAAUAAGGAGGAGAGAAGAGAGAAAGGGGGCAGUAGUGGUGUGAUGUGAGUGUUAUCAUCAGCUCUCAUUCCCAGCAUGGAAUCUAUAAUGGGAAAAUCAACCUCUCUGACUCCUGUGUAAUUGGAUUUGCCGGGUCUCGUGCUGAAUCAGAGCCCAGUGGGUAGCACAAAGCUUGUUAAGAUUGGACAAGCAUUGCUGGGCCGCUGGGCUGGGGGAGAGGUGGGGCGACGGCAGAGGUAACCUUGACAACUUUUCUGGAGUGGAGAGUGAAUAAUUCAAUAUGUUGAGCACUCAACUGGUCCCCCGUUACAACCAAUUGACUGGAAGCUGCCCAAACAUUAAUCAGUUCAUAAAUUGGGUCAAACCUGAGCUUUUCUCACAUUUCGGUCACCAGAGCUGAGAAAAAGGACACCUGUGUCACCUUGGAGGAAGUGUGUUUUCUAACAGUGGUUACCAGGUUACGGAGGUAAACACACCGUCACUCCCGCCUCACCUCACAACUUGCAGCUAGUUUAAAGUAUGACCAAAAAGAAAACACAAUGUUCACAUGAACAUUGGAAUUCCUAUAUGAAAUCCAAACUCCAGUUUAACAGUGGUAUGUCCAUCAAUGUCUUAUUGUUCGUAGAUAUAAAUAACCUUAAAGCCAAGUCCAGGUUCAACAAUUUUAGCACAUGAAUGAGGGAUUUAUCUAGUUGAAAGCAAGUUGAAGCAUAGCUAAUGUGUGUAAACUACAUGCUGCAUAAGAAGAACUUUACUGGUUCCUCUUUGUACAACUCUGCCAGCUGCAUUUUUGGCCAUACAAGCAGUGUGGCUCUUCUAUUUGAUAGUGAAAUUGGUUGGUUGACAUAUCUAUACGUCAAUAUAAUUCAAUCUGGACUGUAGUCCAGCUGUAGAUAUACAUGGUUCCCAGAUAAAUGAACCAAAUGAUUUAUGUCAUUGCUAUAGUGCCACCAACAAGUUUUUAUUGUGUUUUUAUAUAGUGAUCUCUCCAGCUACUGGAAACAUAACCAUUUAAACAGCUACCUGCAAAACUAAUUGUAUUUUAUAUCUGAUGGUAACAAGGGCAGCAUGAUGGUGCGAUGGUUAGCACUGUCACCUCACAGCUAGAAGGUCCUGGGUUCGAAUCUGGGCCUGAGGUCUUUCUGUGUGGAGUUUGCAUGUUCUCCCUGUGCCUGCAUGGGUUGCUUUCAGUGCAAAGACAGUCCAAAGACACGCCGAGGUUAACUGGUGAUUCUAAAUUGUCCGUAGUUGUGAAUGUGAGUGUCCUCUGCCUUUGCCCUGGGACAGCUGGGACAGUCUCCAGCUCCCAAGACCCUACCGAGGAUUAAGCGGUGCAUAGACAAUGAAUGGAUGAUGGCAACUAGAAAUGUCAACAUUAACAUUUAAAACAUCAUACCUGCUAAACAUCAACAUCAGUAUAGCACCUCAUCUCCAAUAACAACUGCACACUGGUACAAUGUAAAUAUGUAUGUGACAUAUACACUACUGUUCAAACGUUUGGGGUCACCCAGAUAAUUUCAUGUUUUCCAUGAAAACUCACACUUUUAUUCAUGUGCUAACAUAACUGCACAAGGGUUUUCUAAUCAUCAGUUAGCCUUUCAACACCAUUAGCUAACACAAUGUAGCAUUAGAACACAGGAGUGAUGGUUGCUGGAAAUGUUCCUCUGUAGCCCUAUGUAGAUAUUCCAUUAAAAAUCAGCCGUUUCCAGCUAGAAUAGUCAUUUACCACAUUAACAAUAUCUAGACUGUAUUUCUGAUUCAUUUGAUGAUGUCUUCAUUGAAAAAAAGAGUGUUUUCUUCAAAAAUGAGGACAUUUCUAAGUGACCCCAAACUUUUGAACGACAGUGUACCAUGUAUGCCCACAUACGCACACACACACACAUGCACUCUUACACAUAAACAUAACAGACACAGACACGACCGUAACUCUUGCACAAUGUAUCCUGCACUCUCUUUACAUCUCCUUAUUUAUGACAUUGUAUUUUUAUUUUUAAGGAAUAUUUUUAUCAUGUCUGUGCAAUUUACUGCCUAUGAUAUAUGAGCAUGUGACAAAUAAUAAAUAAAUGUUACAUCUCGUACUUGUAUUGUCACUGCGAGGAUAGUAAAUCAUUUUGUGGUACAUUUUUUAUUGUUGAUCGUGUGUGUGUUUGUGGUUAUUAGUUUGGAUAGGAUGUACAUCACCUCGUGCUCAGUUGGUGAAUUUGAUGUGUUUAAAUAUUUUUUUCAUUGUGGUUUAUAUUUCAAAUCUGUGUGUUCUGUGUUUUAUCAGGCUGCUGAUUGGUUCUGAAGUAGAUAGCAAAGUUCAGGUUGAACUUGAAGCCUCAAGAGGUGUCCUGAUCAUGGACGGCUAUAAACAGAUGACACAGAUUGGAAAGUCCACAGAAUCCAGAGUCACUGAUUGCCUCCAUGCAAGCAGACACAGGAGGAAGUACUGUUUAUCUUUAACGUCUCUGGAGGGAAGGACGUCAUUUCAGCUUGGAGCAUCACUGGCAGCAGACUAAUACGGCUUCAGAAUGCAGGGUCAACUCGACAUGGAGGGGGCCCUGACGGCCAGGGACCGAGUGGGAAUCCAGGACUUUGUCCUUCUGGAUGAAACCACAGAGGCAGCCUUUCUCACCAACUUAAAGAAACGCUUCAGCAAGGAUCUCAUCUAUACUUACGUUGGCACUUUAAUAGUGUCUGUCAAUCCCUACAAAGAGCUGGACAUCUACAAUAAGAAACAGAUGGAUACCUACAUGGGAGUCAACUUUUUUGAGCUUCCACCUCACAUCUACGCCUUGGCAGAUAAUGCCUACCACACUAUGCUGACAGAAUUCAACAAUCACUUCAUUCUCAUCUCUGGGGAGAGUGGAGCAGGGAAAACGGAAGCCUCCAAGAAGAUCCUGCAGUAUUAUGCUGUCAGUUGUCCCAGCACCACUCUACUAAACACUGUCAGAGACAAAAUGCUCAUGUCCAACCCUGUCCUGGAGGCUUUUGGGAAUGCCAAAACACUAAAAAAUGACAACUCAAGUCGGUUUGGGAAGUAUAUGGACAUUCAGUUUAAUAGCGAGGGGGAUGCUGUCGGAGGCCAUAUCCUGAACUACCUGCUGGAGAAGUCAAGGGUUGUGCAUCAGAAUCACGGUGAGAGAAACUUCCACAUCUUCUAUCAGCUGGUGGAGGGAGGAGCGGAUGACUUGCUGCGCCAGCUGGGCCUGGAGAGAGACGUCCAGCAUUACAACUAUCUAACGCAAGGAGAGUGUGCCAUUGUGUCUUCCAUUAAUGACAGAAAUGACUGGAAAACAGUCAAGAAUGCACUGCAAGUCAUCAACUUUGAUGAGAUUAACACUAAUCACUUGUUUGGGAUCGUUGCGAGUGUUCUCCACUUGGGCAACAUUCAGUUUGACUCUGACAGUAAAGGCCAUGCCCUCCUGAACAACAACACAGAGCUGCACUGGGUCUCAGAUCUACUAGGUGUGGAUGCCCAGAGUCUCCAAGAGGGAUUAACGUUCAGGAAGAUUGAAGCCAGAAAAGAUCAGGUCCUCACCCCAUUCACAAUUGAUCACGCCAUCUAUGCCAGAGACGCCCUGGCCAAAGCCAUCUACGGACAGACCUUCACAUGGCUGGUCAACAGGAUCAAUGAGUCCAUGGAGAACAAGGAUCCCUCACGGAAGACUGUCAUAGGGCUUUUGGACAUAUAUGGAUUUGAGGUUUUCUAUGUAAACAGCUUUGAGCAGUUCUGUAUAAACUACUGCAAUGAAAAGCUGCAGCAGCUUUUUAUCCAGCUGACACUGAAAGCUGAGCAGGACGAAUAUGAAGCAGAAAACAUUGAGUGGGAGCCAGUUCAGUUCUUCAACAACAAGAUCAUCUGUGACCUGGUUGAGGAGAAACACAGAGGAAUCAUAUCUAUACUGGAUGAGGAGUGUCUCAGGCCAGGAGAUGCUACAGAUCUCACCUUCCUGGAGAGACUGGAAGAUAAAAUGGGAAAUCACCCCCACUUUGUCACGCACAAACUGGCUGACAAAAUGACACGUAAGACUCUGGAGAGGGGAGAUUUCCGUCUCUUGCAUUAUGCUGGGGAGGUCACCUACUGCGUUGUGGGUUUCCUGGACAAAAAUAAUGACCUGUUGUAUAGAAACAUAAAAGAUCUGAUGUGUCAGUCUAAAAAUGCCAUAGUCAAAGAGUGCUUCUCCACCAUGGAUCCGGACAGCAGGAAAAGACCAGAAACAGUGGCGACCCACUUUAAGAGCAGCCUGCUAAAGCUGACAGAGAUCCUCAUGGCUAAAGAGGCCUGGUACAUACGUUGCCUGAAAUCUAAUGAGUCCAAGCAGCCAGGUCAGUUUGAUGAAGCACUGAUCAGGCACCAGGUGAAGUAUCUGGGUCUGAUGGAGCAUCUCAGAGUCAGACGAGCUGGUUUUGCUUACAGACGCAAAUUUGAUGUCUUCUUGAAGAGAUAUAAGCCCCUGUGUCCUGCCACCUGGCCACACUGGAGAGGUGAACCUGCUGACGGAGUGGAAGUGCUGGUUCAACAUCUGGGCUACUUGCCACAUGAGUACAAAAUGGGAAGAACAAAAAUAUUCAUCCGUCAUCCCAGGACACUUUAUGCCACAGAGGAUGCUUAUGAGAAAUGCAAACAUGAACUGGCAACACGACUCCAGGCCAAAUACAAAGGAUACAGAGCAAAGGGAGAAUUCAAAAAACAGAAAGAAGCCGCCACUAAGAUUGAAACUUGUUGGAGAGGAGUGCAGGCAAGGAAGGAGAAAGAGAAGAGAGCCUGGGCUGUAAAAGUCAUCAAGAAAUUUAUCAAAGGUUACAUGACCAGAGGACAAGCAAAAACCACGGACAACUCGGAGUACUUGGCCUUUGUGAGACAAAGUUACCUGAACAGACUUAAAGAAAAACUGCCAAAGACUGUUUUGGAUAAAACCACUUGGCUAACUCCACCAGUUGUGCUGCAAGAGACAUCAGAGAUCCUGCGUAAGCUUCACUACCGGCUUAUGGUACGAAAGUAUGUGAGAGGAAUCACACCUCAGAAGAAAGCGCAGCUACAACUGAAGGCUACUGCCAGCUCCAUCUUUAAAGGCCAAAAGGACAGUUAUCCACAAAGUGUCGCUCAACCUUUCGUGGACACCAGAAUCAGUGAACAAGAAGUAAACAUGAGGGUUCUCCAGAUGAUCCGCAAUGAGCAUAUUAAGUACAGCGUUCCAGUAAUUAAGUAUGACAGGAAUGGCUUCAAACCAAGACCCAGACAGCUCAUCCUCACCCAGACAGCUGCCUAUGUAAUAGAAGAAGCCAAGAUCAAACAGAGAGUCCUGUACACGUCUCUCAAAGGGAUUUCAGUCAGUAACUUGACUGAUGACAUCAUUGUGUUCCACAUAACAUGUGAGGACCCUAAACAAAAGGGGGACCUCGUAAUGCAGUGCAAUCACUUGUUUGAGUUUUUAACCAAACUUAGUGUCAUUGCUAAAAAACAAAAUGUGAUCCAAGUGGUUAAGGGCAGUAUCAAGAUUGAAAUCCAGGCAGGGAAAGAGAGUGCAGUGGACUUUACAACUGGGCAGGAACCAAUGGUUUACAAGGCCAAGAACGGACACCUCAUGGUGGUUGCCACCCGUGCAAGGACACGGUAACGUGUGGGGCAGAAGACACACAAGAAGCCCCUGCAUAUUUCAUCAGGAGACCCCUAAGGAGAGGAUCAACACGCCUACAGGCUGCAGUUGACCACAAGCCGCUGCACUUGAGAAACCCUGGAUGAGCUUAUUUAUUGGACAGAGUCACAUUUGUCACCCACACAUGAUAAUCAAAAGCACUUUUACACCUCAGAAUAUUAAACUGCAACAAGAUGCUGG